AUGCCACGAACUGUGGCAGGGCCUUCUGCGGCAACUGCGGCUUCUCCAGGGUCGCCAUCAACAUCUAAUAACCACGGUAACCAUGGAAGUCACAGUAGUACUCACAAUGGCUCAACUACAAGAGGUCCUCUUUCCUUGCCUCUUUUGGAAGGAUUGCGGUGCCGUCCAGGAGCAUCUGAUUUGUGUUUCAAUCAAGCUAUUCGGAAUUACACAUCUGCUCAUGCGAUUGCUCGCUUUGUGCAAUCCAAGCUAAAUGAGAAAUCUGGAAAGGCUAGUCCAAAGUCGAAAGCCCAAAGUCGCAAACGAGGUCGGAGAAGAAAGUCCAAAGAGCCAAAACAAAAGCAACAGCAGUCUUUGCCAGCAACACUCGCCAAGAAGCAAUCGUAUCACUGGUUGAUUCCUUGUUUGCAAUCUCCUUCUCUUGCCGAACGAAAGGCUGCAUUUGGCGUCUUGUGCGCCGGAUGUCCCAUGGAGCGACACGCUUUGUGGCAAGUAUUGGAGCUCCUAGCUAAUCUGUUGCAGCAUCGUGGCAAAUUAGCCACCAAAAUUCCAAUCUUGACCUUGUUUCAGCACAUUGCCCUAGAGUGCUUGAAUCCACAAGAGCAAUUGGCUCUUUGGAUUCAUCCCACCAUGGGUUUGCCAUGGUGGUCGGAUUGGUUGUGGCAUUUGUCGAUUGGCCUCUCCGAAACCAAUCAUCCCUGCGAACAGCAACAUCAAGCCGAUCUCAUGUCUUUGCUUAUGGAUCUGAUGCAUGGGAUUGGAACUAAUCACAAGCUGGUCAUUAAAAAGGGUGACGAUGAAGGAACUUUACCGCUAAAAUAUCUGUGGAAAUCCAAAGAGCAAAUCAAGCAAGGCAGCCAAAGCAAGGAAGAUGCUUCCCCACUGGCCGCUCUGAUUGGAUCGUAUCACUUGUGCAAGACCAAUCCUGUACUCAAGGCCGCCAUUAAGGAGUCCAGUUUUGAACAUUGGAAGCAACUGGUAGAUCCAGCCUUUGUGAGUGGUGAUGCAGGCUCCACAAGUUCCAGCAACUCAAGACCUUCCUUGAAAAAGCCAGAGCGAUUGAUGGACACUUUUGCAGACCCAGCAAUUGACUUGGCAGCUGUCAGUGCCAUGCUGUCAAGUUCCUCCUCUACUUCUUCAAGGCUGCAGGGAAGGAACUCUUCGCGAUUAUCCUCCCCUUCUGCGAAUUCCACCUCGAAUUCGAAUGCUGCCAACUCCAACUCGUCAUUUCCGUUUUCGCGUGCCCGAAGAAGGUUGGAAGACCGAUCGGCAGCGGCUACUGUGGCUCGCAUUUUCAAUGCCGUCUAUGGCAAUCAAGAGAAUGAACAAGAAGAAGAUGACGAAGUGUCGCGAUUUUUGAAUCGGAAUCGUCGGCAAAGUCAAGAGACCAUCGUGGAGGAUCCUCCGGCCAACGAGGAAGACGAAGGCGACGAGGAAGGCACCAAAAGUGAAGAGGAAGAAGAGGAGGAUGAUGAAGAAAUCGAUAGUGACGAAGCUGAAGGAAUGGAAGAAGACAGAGCUGGUUCAGAUAACGAGGAGGGGGAAGAAGACGAAGAUUCCGAUGACGACGACUCGGACGAUGAUGAUGACGAGGAAGAGGAAGAAGAGGAAGCCGAAGAGCUGAGCGUCCAUGGAAUCGAGGCCGAAGUAUUGGAAAGUGGACUAUUGGACUUUGAAGAUAUUGUAGUGGAUGAGGAUCCGCACUCUCUCUUGCGCUCCGCUCAACGUCAAUCGUCAGCAUCAGCAGCAUCCAACAGGGCAAAUCCUCCCCCAACUGCUAAUCCAAGAUCACUCAAGCAAAAAAGACGUGUCUAUGUGGUAGCUGCCAUGCAGGUCUUGAAGAUGCAGCAUCCUGCAUUGAAGACACUGCACCAGCAGAACCCGCCAAAGGUAUCUGCCUCUGAUGCCAGAAAGCAAGGCCUGACUGUUUCCGCCGAACACUCGUUGAUGUCCUCCAUUGUCAAUAUUGUACAGCCACCCAAGAAGCCUCCCAAUUCCAAGAUUAUCUUGCGGCGUGCCCCUACCCAAGAAGAGUUCUUUCGAGGAUCCUUGUCCAAGAAUCCAGUGUCAUUGAGUAUGCUUCGAUCUCAUGAGAACAAGAAUGAACCCACUAUCAAGGAUUUGAGACAGCACAUUGCAAAUGAUUUGCAAAUGGGCGACUCGGCCGAGCUAUUGGAAUUGCUCUGUGCCAACAAGAUUUUGGAUACCGACCUCAAGCUACGGGUGGUGCACCAAGUCGUAUGGAAGGACCACCUUAUGCAGAAUUCGAGUUCGUCCGGUGGCUCCCAAUCCGCUGCCGCACUUUCUUCCUUUCUGGGAGGAGUUGGCCGAGGAGGCCGAUCCUUUAUUUCCAGUGGCGCUGGCCUGUCAAUGCUCUUUGGCUCUGGAAUGGAACGGUCGCUGCUGGGCAUGCCAUCUUCCAACUCAAAUGUCAAUGCAGACACACCACUGUCAGGGUUACCACCCAUGAUUCUCACCUACAGGCUGAUUGGUGUGGAUGGUGAAGCGACCGAAGACACGAUAAAUACUUUACAAGACCCCGAAGCUCCAUCCGAAUCGGCAACGCCCGAAGAAGUGGAACGAAUGAUGGAACAAAAGUUUGGCGUCACUCGAACCAUCAUGGAAGGCCGUGGAGUUUUUUGCUUGCUCAAGAGCAUUGAACGAAAUAUCAAUGCUACGCUCUUGAAGAUUCGUCGAGACGAUGUGACGGAGAUUGGAGUCCAAGCUCGUCGCAAUGUCAAGAAUCCAUCUCGUGAAGUCUUCAAGUCGUCUUCGCCUUAUCCUGGCUUGGAACUAUUGUGGUGCUGCUCCAAGUUGCCAAGCAACCGAAAGCUCUUGCUUCAGUCACGUGCGCCCACGAUGCUUCUGCGUUUGUUGUUGAGCGUUUUGCAUGCUUUGGAAGAAGACGGAAAGGGAGGCUCCGUAUCGGAAAGCAAUGCUACUGUCAAGGCACUGCAAAAGUCGAUUGAAGUAUUGGCAUCCGAUAUGAUCUCAUCUCAGAAUGAUACAGCCAUGUCAGAAACGGAAGAAGAUAAUGAACAAGAUGCAUCCACUUUGCGCUUGCUUCUCACAGCCAUUGAAACAUCCUCGCUAAGUCGGCCACUGAGAAAUGUGAUUGCCAAGCUACUGCCAUACUUGACCUAUGGACAAGCGUCUCUGUGCAAAGAAUUGGCAAAUGAAUUCAUGCGUCAUGUCAGCAUGGACCAACUUGGUGUGUGUGAAACGCAGCCAGAUGUGUGGGAUGAAGAAAGUCGAUACAUUCUGCCCGCCACAUGUGUGCAUGCAUCCUGCAGUUUGCCGGAGAAUCCAGUCUGCGAUUCUUUGCGAGUGGAAUUGGUAAACUGUGGGUUCGUGGAACGAUUGGCAAAGGUCUUGCUGGACAAUGUUCCCAGUCAACCGCCACCCUGGUCGCCUUCUUUGUGGACCAAGGAUGUGGAACAAUCCGAGAACGAAAAGAUAAAAUUGGAAGGAAAAUGGAAGGAGUAUUUUGCAAGACCAGGUCUCAAAACGGCUUUCAAUAUGCUUAUUGGUUUGUGUAAGAGUCAUGGCAAAACGCAAUUAUUCAUUGGUAACGUUCACAUGGAUUUGCCGGGCCGAAAAAAGCAGUCUCUGAUCCAAGUUUGUCACUGGAUUGAAUCGACUUCCGAUAGCUCACGUGUCUCCACGCAUGACUUGGGUAUUGUGGCAGAGACCUUGUUAGAUGAGUUGACCAAAGAGGAAAAAACAGUUGCACCAAUCGUAAAGUCAGUUCGACGAAAAACCCGAGACAGGAAGAAAGAAAUCGCCAUGGCACGGAGAAACAAAGCUCUUCGCGGAAUGGGCUCCUUUGGUCCAUCGGCCAUGUCUGGUGCUAAGGUUGGUGAGAAGGCACCUGUUCGAGGUACCGCUGCAUCUCUCCUGGCUCCUGUUCUGGGUCUAUUUGGUGCGAACGACAACGAUGACGGGCCACCGGCAAAGCGUGCCAAGAAGAAUCCUCAGCCUGCCCCUACUGCCAAACCGGCUUGGAUGACGGAAAUGGAGAACAUGGAAGACGAAGAUGGUCUCACGUGUGCUGUGUGCCAAGAAGGAAGGACGCUCCAACCAGCGGAAUUGCUUGGUCUCUACGCCUACGUCAAGAAGGUGUCCAUCCCAAUGCAUCAAUCUGGUUCUAAGAGUGCUAUUGAUGGAACAGAUCUUCUUACAUCGCUUCCAGGAUCAAUGCCGCGUUCAAUAUCUGACACUCAUGCUGCGCUGGAGUGGUUCCCCCCAGCCAAGAAAUCAGGCGACGAAUUGAGAAGCUCGGCUAGAUCAUCUAGCUUGUCAUCUUCUAGUCGAAAGACUACAUACACCACAACAGUGACUGCUGGAAACGCUAUCCAUUUCAGCUGUCAUGCAAAAGCACGCCAAGCUGACAAGAACCAUCCAAAGGCACCCAAGAGCGAAUGGGAAGGAGCAAGCUUACGAAACUCACGUGUCAAGUGUAAUGUAAUGUUGCCCCUUGUGAGCUCUCGCAGCUCCAAAGUACCACUUGUGGCUGUUGAUUCUGCCUUGACUGAUCAUUCAACUGCCGUUUCCAAUCUCUUGAAUGCCCGUCCCAAGUCUAUGCUGUGGACAGUUCUUCAUGAUGUGCGUUUGCUGCUACUGCGAAUUGCCUACGGCGAACCGUUGAAUGCUGAUUGCGAAGGUGGUUCUUUGUCUUCGAAUUCUCGUUUGGUUUACUACCAAUUACUGAUGGCAGACAUGUUUGCAAAGGAUGCUGAAAUUGACUCACCACAAACAGCACGCCAUGCCUGCAGCCUAAGCGGUGGCUUUCUGGCAGCUUGCACAAUGAUCAAGGCUGACGACUAUGAUAAACGCAAGCAGACUGUCGUCAACCGCAGCAUUGCAGAUUCUUCGCUCAUGGCAGCUUUGACAUGCAUCUUGUUCCACAACACCACCAAUGAUUACAACAAGAGCAAAAAGAGCGAUGAUAAUGCACCUAAUAACAAGCGACGCUGGGUUACUGGCAAGGAGUCUUUCUUGCGCGGGCUCAUCACCUGUGCUGGUCGACGACAUUCACUUGGCCUCGAAGACAGUGGCUGCCUUCCUAGUCGCAACCAGUUGAACCGUGGAUCGUUUGCAGAUUGGGAUGUGGACGAGGAUGAUGCCGCAAUGGACACUGAUAUGAGUCCAAGUAUUCACCUUCGUCGAGCUACCAGCGGAAGAGCUGGAAUUGAAGACUUUCGAAACGCAUUGCGACCAAUGAUUGUAUUCUAUGCAAUCAUGGAUCAAGUUUCUUCUGAUUUUAGCUUGAAUAUGGAUGAUGCCAAGGUGGAAGAAUGUGGCGACCGCUUGACCCAGGUCAUCCAAGACUGCCGACGUGCAACAAGUAUUCAUGAUUUGUUGCAAAAAGCUAAAGUUACACUGGACCACGCCGACAUUAUGCAAGAGUUACAAAGGGGAAUCCUCUCUGCCUGA